AUGACCGACCUCCUAAUCCACGGCCCGCCGGUCAUCCGGGUGAGCAGCGGCGCCGACGGCAAGCUAAAGACACCGGUGGAGGCAUCGACCUCGACUUCGACACUGAAGAAGAAGAAGAAAACACAGCAUACCCCGGUCCAGCCGCUCACCAGAGUCGUCCGCGACGCGAGCAACAUCCUACUGUCGUGGCACGACGGCCUUACCGAGUCGGAGCGCGAGAGCAAAAGGAGGACAGAGGAGAGAAUGCAGAUUCUGGCCGCGCGCAUGCAGGGUGCUACUACAAUGCAAGAAUGGGAGGCGGCCGCCGAAGAGCUCGACAGCCUCGAGGGCAACGACGAAUGGAAACUAGACCGGUCAAGCGGAGACUAUUACCCCGACUUCAUCGAGGCGAAGCUCAAGGAGCUCGAUACGGCCAGGACAAACUGCGAUAUCAAGACCAUGAUGCACCUCGUCAGAACAGCCCUGUCGCGCGAUCUCGGUGGCAUGGGGAACAUUGAUCUCUAUCGCCAUUCCUAUAUUGGGACGAAAAAGCUCAUUGAGCAAUACGUCGACUCUGCCACCAAGACAAUCGAAGCCCUCGUCGAGAAAAGCGCCUAUGCUUUGCCUGGCGAUGUCGAGCAGAAGGACCUACUGGAAGGUAUGCUCUGCGCAAGACAAAGCUUUGGGAGGAGCGCUCUGCUCCUGAGCGGUGGCGCGACGUUUGGUAUGUCGCAUAUCGGAGUACUGAAGGGGCUUUUCGACGCCAAGCUUCUUCCGCGUAUCAUCUCAGGUGCUUCGGCAGGAUCCAUAGUCGCCUCGGUCCUGUGCACUCGGAAGGACGAGGAGAUUCCCGCAUUAAUUGGACAGUUCCCGUACGGCGACUUGCGUGUUUUCGAAGGCGAGAAUGAUAGUAUCUCUGACCAUAUUCGCCGACUGUUGACCGAGGGCAGCUGGUCUGACAUUGCCCACUUGACACGAGUAAUGCGCAGCUGGCUUGGCGACUUGACAUUUCAGGAGGCCUAUAAUCGGACGCGAAGGAUAUGCAACAUUUGCGUCUCGUCUGCCUCGAUAUACGAGCUCCCUCGACUGCUCAAUUACGUCACAGCCCCCAAUGUCAUGAUCUGGUCGGCCGUUGCUGCCUCGUGUUCCGUCCCGCUCGUCUUCCAAGCUGCGCCCCUUUUGGUGAAAGACCCAACAACCAGCGCACAUGUGCCUUGGAAUCCCACGCCGCAGCGAUGGAUCGACGGUUCCGUGGAUAACGACCUCCCCAUGACCCGCCUUGCCGAGAUGUUCAACGUCAACCACUUCAUCGUCUCGCAGGUCAACCCACAUGUCGUCCCGUUUCUCUCCAAAGACGACAGGCUGUACCCGGCCGCCAAUCCGGGGAAACUGCGACAGCAGAGAUCAGCGCAGGGCAGUUCGGAGUGGCUCUACAGCCUUACUUCUCUGGCCAAGGAUGAGGCUCUUCACAGACUGCAAUUCCUCACCGAGCUGGGUGUUUUCCCGAACCUGUUUACUAAGCUGCGUUGCAUCUUGAGCCAAAGGUAUUCGGGCGACAUUACCAUACUCCCCGAAAUUGCCAUCCAAGAUCUCCCUCUCAUCCUGAAGAAUCCCACCUCGGACUUUAUGCGGCGCAAUUGCCUCAUCGGAGAGAGGGCAACAUGGCCAAGACUAAGCCGCAUCAAAGACCGCUGUUCCAUCGAACUGGCGCUGGAUCAAGCUGUACAUGAUCUGCGCGCGCGGGUCGUCUUCAGCAAGAGCCAAGUGGACCUUCGCAGAUUAGUCGCCGUCUCCGAGCCACAGGCCAUCAGAAUGGGCCUUAGUAGGGGAACAAGCCUCGAGAGCGGCGAUGUCCACGGCAGCAACCGGUCCGCAUGCUCGGUGCACCAAGGGUCCUCGGGCAAUGCUACUCCAGAGGAGCAGCCGCACAGACAGCGGAGAAGCUCAGGGUGCAGUAUCCAGCUUCUGGCAGCGCAGCACAAGAAAGCAUUCCAGAAUUUUGAGGACAGCCUGACCGACGACCUGUCAGAAGAAGAAGAGCGCCUUGAGAUGAUAAACCUGCGUAAGGGCAGUCGGCCUGGACGCUCCAGCACCAGCCGGGCUAUUGUAACUAAGCCUCGCCUCAAGCGAUCGACCAAGAGCCAGAGCUAUAUCCAGACAAAACACUGGCAGCGGUACAACAACGAGCCUAGAUCGCCCAUGUUCGACUUCUCGAAUCCAUUGGCGUCGCUUGCGAACACGGGCAACGACUCGGCAGUCGCAAUGGACGACAGCACCGUCGAGGACGUAUCCAAGGCAAUAUCACCUUCAGGCUCGCCCCCCCAGGUGGGGAUUAAUAUCGUAGCCUGUUCGCCGCAAGAGGGCGAGUCGCAGAACUCUGAUGAUGCCGACUCCCCCGAUGACCUACCCUCUGACGGCGGCCUGCAAGCCUCCGAUGACGGCCCUACUUCCGAGCCGACACCUGACGCGCCUUCGUCGACCCCGCGUACGAGGCGGAGGAAAAUCAUCUACACAACCGAAAUGCAGGCGAAGAUUAUCGAGUUAUUCCGAGACGAGGCUAUCGCUGGAGCGUUCCGUAUCAACAAGUUGACCGAGACGCGGCCGGCAUUCUAG